AUGGCAAAUACAGAUGAGAGAGCCAGAUUCUAUCGCACACAGCUUUACAAGGACAUCGAACUCGGUCUUCACAACCUCCUCAUUAAGAAGAGGGAUGCCGUCUCUCCACCUCACUCAUCGUCCGCCCAACACUACUAUGCCGCCUUCAGUCGGCCGCCUAACUCUUCCUGGGACGACGAUAGCGAUCGAUAUGCAGAUGAAGAGUAUGACUGUGCACCCCCAUGUCCUAUCCUCGGCAAGGACAUGCAGUUCAAGAUCUGCCAACGCGAGCAUCCUGACGGCGAGACGUGUGCAGAUAGGGUUUGUUUUAUCCCCAACGCCAGCGCGAGGAAGUACAUGCUGGGUUUCAUAGAAAAUAGCCUGAGGCAAAGUCGAUUUCUCGAUAGGCUGGGACCCGUAGCUCACUGUCUAGUGAGGAAGUACUGCAGCAAUCUCCCCUCAAAGGAUAUUGAGGCUUUCUCCUUAAUUCUGCGUAUGCUAUUCUCUGAUCUCCGUCACGCGGGUCGUCGGAAUUGGGAUCUUGAGGUUCACGGCGUCUUGAAUUGGAAGUGUCAGCCUUUCGAGAAGUGGGUUGAGGAAUUCAUGACCGAGAUCCACGGGGUUAAGUGGAAGAGAGACAUGGAGGAGUAA